CAGGGGGCUCAUCUCUUCUUAAAAUUUGAGGAUAUGGAAGAAAAUGAGCAAGUGUCUCCGCAGAUGGUCUGUCCUGUGGAAACUGUUGAUGCGAAGUACAUUGCAAAAAUUAGUACCAUUCUUGUUGCCACAAUCCAGGAAGCAAAAGACCGAUUAUCUCAGAUAGAAUAUAUAUUCUGCAGUCAACUUUUCCCAAAUUUCCAGUCAGUAUCUAAAAGACUGCAGGAAAUUUAUAUGGAAGCAAAGGACGAAGCUGAAACUGCGUGGAAACAAAAGGAAAAUGACCUUUUACUCCAAUUAGAAAAGAUCCAGGUUGUGAAGCAACAUAUUCUUGAAGAAAAUCUGAUUCUGAAGUCGGAGAAUGCAAAACUAUCAGAUGGUGAUUUUAUUUGGAAAAAGCAUUUCAAAGAGCUUCAAGAAAAGAUAGAUCACAAAAGUGAUGAGCUAAACAAGUUAAGAGCAGAAAAUGAAGAGUUAGGUAAGCAUUGUGAAUUUAAAGAUUCACUAAUCCGCAAAUAUGAGGGCAUGGAAAGAGAUCUUGUACAAAAAAAUGUCCUUCUAUCAAAGACACAACAACAUCUGGAGCUUGAAGUCCAAGGAUUACAGAAUGAACUCAAGAAAAAAUCAAGAGAAAUUGAUGGAGAUUUGGAAUUGCAACACAAGCUAGUCCAGAUGGCUCAAGAGAAAACUUCAUCUGUGGCAUACAAAGAAAGGCAACUGAAGAGAUAUGAAGAGAAAAUACAAAUGCUUCUUGCUGAACAUGAAGAAGCACAAGGAAAGAUUGGGAAGCUUCAACAUGAACUGACAGAAAAGAACACUGCGAUAGAAAAAGCAUCGGAGGUACAAGAAAAUUUACUAAAAAAGGUUCAAUCCAAGGACCUGGAGAAUGAACAAAUGCUGUGUAAAUUUCAGGGUGAGAAAGAACUUCUUAUGGAAAAAGUAAAGAAUGUGGAAAUUCAUGCUCAUGAGCUUCAGGUAGAAGUCAUGAAGAAAAAUGUUGAAGUGGAGGAGGGAAGGAAAUUACAGGAAAAGUUGCUAAAACAGGUUGAUUUAUAUUGUCAAGAAAGAUCAAAGACAGGGAAGAAGUUAGAAGAGCUUGAGAAGGUGAAGAAGCAUCUACUUGCCAAACUGAAAGACGUUAGAGGAAAUACUGAAGAGCCCCAAGUAAAUCUUCAAGUGAGAAGUGAUGAAUCUUCUGAUGGAUUGGAGUUACAAGGGGAGCUACUUCAGAAAAUUAAAGCAAAAGACUCGGAACUGUUGUCAGCAAAGAGAAAAAUGAAGGAUAUCAGCAGUGCUUAUAAGAGUUUGAAAUCUCAGUACAAUUUCCUAUGUGCACAAGUAGGUCUUACGCCAGAAAAUGUGAGAACCAAAAUAAAACCUGAAGACGAAAGUGAAUUGAGGCAUAACCAAAGUCCUCUGAUUAAAAAUGAUGUGGAGACUGAUGUGCCAAAAGCUAUGAGCAUUUCCUGUGAAGAGGCAAAGCGAAUUAAUAUCCUUGAAAACCCAGGAAAUACUGGAGUUGUUAAAUCAGCUCAAAGAUCAAGUUCUAUAUCACCCCUUGAUGAUGCAAACAUUUCUAUAGCCUCUAAAGAGCGCCUGCACAUGAAGUCUUGCCUACCAGCUGGCACAAAACGUCGUGGAUCUUAUUGGAGAGAUACUAGGUCCCAUCAAAGCCGAGUUGGACCAGAUCCUCAUGAUGAUUUU